CCCCUGGCCGAGAGGACAGAUCAUCAGUUGCACUCCAGACUUCAGUUCAAUUCAAUCGGCAACAAAUAUCCCACAACUCGAAGAAGAUGCGUCUAACACUGCUCGCCCUCAUUGGCGUCCUGUGCCUGGCCUGCGCCUAUGCCCUGGACAACCAAGAUGACAACCAGAACAACGACCAAGUGAUUGGACUGCUGGACGUGGCCGACCAGGGAGCCGCCCAUGCGAACGAAGGCGACCGAGAGGCUCGCCAGUGGGGCUACGGAGGCGGUGGCUGGGGACGCGGAGGAUAUGGCCGCGGUGGAUGGGGCGGCGGCCGCGGUGGAUGGGGCGGCGGCCGCGGUAGAUGGGGUGGCGGCUACGGUGGAUGGGGUGGCUGGGGCGGCUGGGGCCGAUAGGCUGGCACUGUCAUCCAAAUGGAUCGACAACCGACCACGCCUCUCGCAUCGCCACAUCAGGAUGACACCUCCAGAUGUUUGGGCGCCAAUAAAGAACAUUUAGCAAUGCAAA